ACUAGUUUGUCCUCUCCGGCGCGCCGUCGCCGCGCUGUCACGUGAGUAGGGGGUGGAGCGGCCAUGAUGGCGGAGCCCUUCCAAGCCUGAGAGGCGCGAGUGCGGCAGAUUCAUUAAUCAGGAGGACUUAAAAGAACAUUUAUUGGAAAGACUUCUCAAAGAUGCCUGCUGCCUGUGAUUCAGUGCUUGAAGACAUUGAAGAUAUUGUGUCAGCAGAAGAUCUGAAACCACAUGACCGACAGUUUGUAAGAAAAAGUAUUGUUCCUAAAGUGAGAAAACGCAACUCGCAAAAGAAUGUUCAGGCAGAUGAUGAUCCCCCAAGCGACAGCAUUAUUCCUGGUAUACAGAAAAUCUGGAUACGUACGUGGGGUUGCUCUCAUAACAAUUCAGAUGGAGAAUAUAUGGCUGGACAGUUGGCAGCUUAUGGAUACAAAAUUACAGAGAACUCCACAGAAGCAGACUUAUGGCUGCUAAACAGUUGCACGGUAAAAAGCCCAGCUGAAGACCACUUCAGAAACUCAAUUAAGAAAGCCCAAGAAGAAAACAAGAAAGUGGUUUUAGCUGGAUGUGUCCCACAAGCCCAACCUCGUCAGGACUACCUAAAAGGCCUAAGCAUCAUAGGGGUUCAACAAAUAGAUCGUGUAGUAGAAGUUGUGGAGGAAACUAUUAAAGGUCAUUCUGUGAGACUCUUGGGUCAGAAAAAGGAUAAUGGAAAACGGUUGGGGGGAGCGCGAUUGGAUUUGCCAAAGAUUAGGAAGAACCCGCUGAUAGAAAUUAUUUCCAUCAAUACAGGAUGUCUAAAUUCAUGUACAUAUUGUAAAACGAAGCAUGCCCGAGGAGACCUAGCAAGUUAUCCAGUUGAAGAGCUAGUGGGCAGAGCCAAACAGUCUUUUCAAGAGGGUGUUUGUGAGAUAUGGCUGACCAGUGAAGACACAGGGGCUUAUGGCAGAGACAUUGGCACAGAGCUCCCUACACUUCUGUGGAAGCUGGUUGAGGUUAUUCCUGAGGGAGCUAUGUUGAGACUUGGCAUGACAAACCCCCCUUAUAUUUUGGAGCAUCUGGAGGAAAUGGCAAAGAUUCUUAAUCAUCCAAGAGUAUAUGCUUUCCUCCACAUACCAGUUCAGUCUGCUUCUGACAGCGUGCUCAUGGACAUGAAAAGAGAAUACUGUGUGGCAGACUUCAAACGGGUAGUGGAUUUCCUUAAAGAAAAAGUGCCUGGAAUAACAAUUGCUACAGACAUCAUCUGUGGUUUCCCUGGGGAGACUGAUGAAGAUUUUCAAGAAACAAUGAAACUUGUAGAAGAGUACAGGUUUCCAAGCCUCUUUAUUAAUCAGUUUUACCCACGACCAGGAACCCCUGCUGCAAAAGUGCAUCAAGUUCCAGCCUUAGUGAAAAAGCAAAGAACAAAGGAUCUAUCCCAGCUGUUUCAUUCAUACAGUCCUUAUGAUCACAAGGCAACCGUUUGUGUGCAAGGGGAUCGUGAUUCACCAAUCAUGCUAAAUCAAGUGUGGAAGCUGAACAUUAGAAUGCCUGUGGAGCAAAGCCUGCUUAAUUCACAGCUGCAUAUGCCCUCAUUUCAUAUGUAUCCCAUGGAAGAUGUCAAAAGCUGCUUCUUAGCCACAACUCUUCAUUAAAUUGUACCCAGUAUUACUCGUUCUAGAUAGGAAACCAGCAAUUGAUCUUAAAAAUUUCUCUCAUCCUUGGCUCUGAACUCCUCCUGCUAUAAAGAACUCUCAUUUUGCUUUGCCAAAAUGAUCAUAAAAAUUAGAGACCCUCAGAAGCAUUGUGGAAGUUAAACAAACUGAAAAAAUGAAUUAAGUACUACUAUCUGGUAUAAUCAGUGCCUUCAUAAGACUCCUCUUCUGAACAGUACACUGGCCUCGCUGAUUCUGAAAAAGUUUGCAGUCCUGUUUCCCACAUUCACUUGAAGAGUGUCCCAUUAUGAAGGUAACAAUGACCAAACUCCAACUAUUUUAACAUUUAGUACUGCUCAAAAUCAGGCUAUAGGCUGGGGCACAGUCCACCUUGCUAAGAUGCAUAACCUGCUUUUGGCUUUCAGCAAAGGACAAAUAAAUACGCAUUGCACAAGAGGAAAUUGGAAGGACAUUUUGAAACUAGGACAUGCAAAUGCACUUACUGGGAUAUAUGUCCAGGAGCAAAUUCAGGAACAGGACAGAGGGCAAACCCUUUCCCCCUCCUUUGAUCUCACCCCGGUACCUUUUUUGUAUGUAGAACAACAAACACCCAUGCCCUUGAAACACUCGCAGUGUUUUUUAACCGGUGAGUGGAGUGGUUGAGUUCUAAUAUUUCUAAUAUUUGAGUUCUAAUAUAUCCACAUUACCAAGAUGUCUUCUGCUCAGAGUAGGCUA